AUGUUGCCGAGUCUUCAUCAAGGACAAGCAACAGGGCAGCAGCCGCAACUGCAGAACCAAAAUCUGAAUUUGGUGCAGCAGACUGUGAGUGCGGUGCUCUCGCAAACUACAGCUGGAGUCAUGGCUGCUUUGCCGCUAGGCUAUACUCCAGGAGCAUGCGCAAACCAGAUGCAAUCGCAAUCAAUUUCGGGAUCAUCCGCUACUUGCAGUACUGCUGGCGAAGUUGUUUCUGGUGAUCCACAAAAUCCCCAGCACCAGAACAUCCUUGCUAACACGGGGAUUAGCUUGGACGCGUUAGUACACACAGUGUCCGAACGGGUUGCGGGGACUUUAUCCGAACUGUUUUUGAAAAACGAAAGGACGAGCAAAGAGGACUUGGCCGAGAAGUUCCGGGAUACGAGGAAAGGGAAUAGUGGAACAACAGCGCAGGGCGUGGUGUCCUCGAGAAGCGGUAGGUACAAGAGAAGCAACCGGGGGGAGACGAGGGGACAACAUCGUCCAAGGGGGAGUGGUGAUCAUGAUUACACCAGACAGGAACGACAUCAACACGGCGUUCAGAAUGAGGCCCAGCAAGAACAUAUCAAUAUGUAAAAAUGUCUGGGUCUGGAAGAUUGCGAGAUUUGUCAUGCACGUUUUGCAUGGGCCAUGAUGUCUGUGAUGCAUGCCCUAGCGUCACAGACUUUUUGAGGGCUUCGUGAUUCCUAUUCCGCAUGACAAAUGCCCUCUCCGCAUAGCCAAAAUUGCAUUCCCUUUGCUGGUCAUGCAAUACAGACUUUUUUGGAAUCCAAAUGCAGCAUCACAAGUUCGGAUUCUUCCAGACCCAGACAUUUUUACAUUUGAUAGAACAUCACCAGCAGCAAAGCUACAACUAUUUCGCCCUUCCUGAGGGCCUGGAUGCCUAUGGAUUGGUGGUGCAGCAGCAGCAGCAGCAGCAAAAUGUGUAUGGGAGCUGCAACCGAGGAACCCAAGAGCACUACGGCGAGCCUUCUACACGUCAGCACCAUCCAAAUCAGUACCACAACCAGGAACCCGAGGACCUUCGUGAAGAUGAUGAGCUCAUCCUGAAGCGCAGGAAGAAGGAGGAGCGCAGGCGCCGCAGGGGUGAAGACGACGAAGAGCGCAGACGGCGGCGCGAGGAACGAAGGCUGGAACGGAUGAACACACAGCAGCAGUACUACGAAAUGCAAAUGCCACACACGG